AUGUAAAUAGAUAUAAUGUCUACCACCGGCAAAAAGAAGUCUUCUUCAUCGGUGGUAAAAUCCUUGGCCAUUUUUGAGCCUAACGCUUUACAGAAUCAACAUGUCUUGAAGAGGGACCCUUUUCUACUGUCUUUAUCGAGCACAAAGCAUUUCUGCUCUCCUGAAAAUAGCGGUGGAUUGGACCUGAAGGCGGCUUCCUUCAGUCAGGAUUUAUGCAUUGCUGACAACGUUCUCCAGAGGUUAGAUUGUGCUUCCCAAAAAAUCUGAUCUAUGGAAAGAAAUAUUGAACUCUUGAAGAAAAUGGAAGAAACUGGCAAGACACUACCGGCUGCCACAUCAAAAAAGUUAACGAGGUCUGAUAUGAAGCUCGUACGCACAGACCUUAAAAAGAAGUUCUCCGAAAUGGCGAAGAAUGCUGAACAGCAUAAACCAAGAUUAGAAGACAUUGAACAAGGGAUUCUAGAGGUUCAGGAAGAUAUUGGCUCUUUGGAAGGGGAAUUAAAGACUUCUACGCUCACUGAUCCAAUAUGCAGGAAAGAAGCUCCUUAUAAGCUCCUCAGAGGUGGUGGUAGUUUGAAAAAAGAUAAGUCAGAAAGUUGUUUCAGAAUGCAGAUGUUCUCAGAUAAAAAGGAAACAUCGUUCAGCAAAUGGAAUGGAAAGGAAAAGUCGUAUCUUACUGCAAAGGGAACAAAAUCUAUAAAAAAGAAAAAAAUGCCCGAUUCCUCAGUUCUAGAUGGAUCUGAUGAGAAGCCAGAAUCACAUCCUCAUACAGAAAAGGUCCAUAAGCUCAACAAGGAGAAUACAGGGAAGGCAAACACGUUUGUUGUUCAGAGAAAUUCCCCCAAAUCUCGUGACUCUUACGAGGCUAAAGGGUGUGCAGAGAGACGUCAUAGCAACAGUUGGAAAAGUUCUCUGCAGAAGACCUCAGGAAAGAGUCCAGUGGAAGUGAAUGCAAAUGAAGCUAACCAAAGUCAAAAUAACCCAGAUACAGAAGGUGAUGAUCCAGGACUUGUGAAGAAGCAUGACGGAUCUCAAGGAAGUCUAGGAAAGGUGGUAGAAGCUGACAAAAGAAAAGAUAUUACCAGGGAUGAAAAAGCAGGAACAUCAGAAAAAACAUCUCAAAGAAAAAAAUCGAUAGAAGAUGCAGAUAUCAAGCAUAAAGGAAAUGAAAAAGCUUCAUUCCUUCUGAAAGAUGAGCAAACCAGCAGCAGCAAGCGUCGUGUGAAUGAGGGAAGUUUUCUCAAAGAUGUCAACAAAAACAGCAGAGUGUAUGUAGUGAAGGCCAGCAGUGGACUUAAACCAAAAGAAGCAGCGAAGCCAAAAACAACAGAACUUGCCUUACCUGGAAAAACAGUUGCGUCUAAAUCAACAGCUGCCAACAAGAACAAAGUGAAGCAAGAAACUUCAAAGGGGGAUAAUUUUAUAAUUGAUAACAUGCCGUCAAUUCCUGCUCCUUUUGAUCACAGGAUGAUCAAAGCAAAAGGAACUGGGAUCGGAAGCUUCUAUCAAAUCUUCAAGAAUGAAGUUUUGGGAGGAGGACGAUUUGGCCAGGUGCAUAAAUGUGAAGAAAAGGAGACAGGCCUCAAAUUAGCAGCCAAAAUUAUAAAAGCCAGAAGCAUAAAGGAAAAAGAUGAAGUGAAGAAUGAGAUUAAUAUCAUGAAUCAAUUGACCCACAUGAACAUCAUUCAGCUAUAUGAUGCUUUUGAAUCAAAAAAUGAUGUUAUCCUUGUUAUGGAAUAUGUGGAAGGAGGAGAACUGUUUGAUCGGAUUCUUGAUGAGAACUCCAACUUGACGGAGAUGGAUGCUGUCUUUUUCAUAAAGCAAAUCUGUGAAGGGAUUCAGUACAUGCAUCAAAUGUAUAUUCUCCAUUUGGACUUGAAGCCUGAGAAUAUCUUGUGUGUGAAUCGAGAGGAAUAUCAAAUAAAGAUUAUUGACUUUGGGCUGGCAAGAAGAUACAAACCAAGGGAAAAGCUUAAGGUCAACUUUGGCACUCCAGAAUUUCUUGCUCCUGAAGUUGUGAACUAUGAUUUUGUUUCUUUUCCAACUGAUAUGUGGAGCAUUGGUGUCAUUGCCUACAUGUUGAUUACUGGAUUAUCUCCUUUUCUGGGUGAUGAUGAUAAUGAGACUUUGAACAACAUCCUGGCUUGUAGGUGGGACUUUGAAGAUGAAGAAUUUGAAAAUGUGUCUGAAGAAGCCAAAGAUUUCAUCUCUAAGCUUCUUAUCAAAGAAAAAUGCUGGAGAAUAAGUGCAGGUGCAGCUUUAAAACAUCCUUGGUUGUCCAACCAAACACUCCAUUGCAAACUGGAAGCUAAGAAGAAGAAGAAAUGUUCUUCUCCAUCUUAAGCACCUGUGGUUCUAUAACAUCUCUCAGAACUGAAAGGAGAAGCUGCUGUGUAAUCACUGUUUUUGUGAUGUUUGGAAACACAGAUGAGUUUUUCUGAGGCUUCACCUUCCUCUCCUACUCCCCGAGAUGACUUGAGGUUUUUACUAAGUGGACCAACAACCACUUGAGCUGCAGGAUUUACAUCCCAGUAGUGCCGAGCUACUUUCUUCUUCCCCUGCUUUCUUUAAGUCUUCAGUGUCAAUUGGUAUUUCCAGGAAAGAAUGCCAUUUGAAGACAGUACUGAUUUGUGCUUGAGAUUGGUAUCUUCGCUUACAGUCAGCGUGAUAUUUCUGGUGUUUCCAGAAGUUUUAGCUGUUGAAAGUACGGUGAGAUGAACAGACUCCUGCUCAGCAACAGAGGUUGACUUUGAUUUUGUGAUGGCUGCUUUCAAAACUACUGCAUUGAAAAACAUGCUGUUAGAAAAAAAUGGUUGAAACUAUGUGUGAUGUGUAAUGGUUCAGAGAAGGUGGUCUCCCUUUUCCCUGCAAACACAGAAUGACUCUGCUAUUGUCAUGCGUGAACGACAUGAUAAGAUGUUCCCUGGAAUAUCUUCUCCAUGCCUGCUGCUAACAUAUAGUAAUGUUCUAAUAUCGUUUAAAGAGGGAACUUUGGAAAAAGUUGCAUUUGGCAAAGAUGGGUCUCGAAUGCAGGUUUUUCUUUCAUUUAGUUUGAAUUUGCUAGUGAAUUGUGAAUCUUCUUCAUAGACUUUGAAUGUUUCUACCGUAUUUAAAAUUGCCAUAGGUUAAAAACAAGUGGACUCUCCAAGUUUCUGAAAGCUGGUGCAGUGAAGGAUUGGGAGUUUACAAAUGGGAGCUGUGAAUAGAUAGAAACUCCCCUAGUGACCUUAGGCAAUAAGCUGUCUCUCAGCUUUAGCUCCCUGGGUGUUUGCAAAGGGGGUUGUGGGUUGGGGUGGAGGAGUCGGGUGGAGUGGAGUGGGCAAAGGGAACUAAAGAUGUCCUAUGCUUCAUGAUAUCUUUUUUUUAAUUUCUUUUUGUCACAACAGUAUACACAAACAAUUGUCAUAGAUAAAACAACAUAUCUUGAAGAAAAUAUAUAUAUUUAAGUAAAAAAUAUGCAUCAACUAUAUCAAUUUGGAACAAUAGGACAGGAACGGUAGGCACUUUUGUGCUCUUAUGCACGCCCCGUCAUGCAAGUGAAGGAACAUGAUCUGUACUCUUUGUGAAAUGACAUCAUGCUGCAUGUGACAUAUUGUUGCAUGCACUGGAUGUCUCUGCUCAGCCCAUCAUCUCAACAUUGUCCCAGCUUCUGCCAACCUAGCAGUUCGAAAGCACGUAAAAAAUGCAAGUAAAAAAAUAGGACCACCUUUGGUGGGAAGGUAACAGCGUUCCCUGCACCUUUAGCAUUUAGUCAUGCCGGCCACAUGACCAUGGAGACAUCUUUAGACAGUGCUGGCUCUUCGGCUUUAAAACGGAGAUGAGCACCGCCCCCUAGAGUCAGGAACGACUAGCACGUAUGUGCGAGGGAAACCUUUACCUUUACCUUAAUAAGUUAUAGUAGAAUUUUGUCAAGGGAACUGUAAACUAAAUGGAGUGAAGAAUUAGUUGCACAGGGAUAUAAUUGUCAGUGGUUCUCUUAUUUACAAUUAUUAGAAAGGGUUCAAGUAGACAAAAGAAUUUAUAGUUUUGGACAUGGUAAGACUGAGUCUGAAACAGAACUGCACCAAAAUUAGUUUAGUAAGGCAAUUGUUAAAUCAUAUAAGUGUUUAUUGAUGUUUGAAACAGGCGAAAACAAAUGAAAGAAUUAUGAUAAAGUAGGCAAAAAUGUUGGAUAUAAUACACAGAUGGAAUAAUGGAAAAAUAUGUUGCUGAAAGGUUUGAAAUUUACCUUAUAUUAUAAUCUUAAAAUGAUUUUUUAUAAAAUGAUGUACCAUAAGUAUAUGUACCAUUGAGAUCUAUCUAUCUAUCUAUCUAUCUAUCUAUCUAUCUAUCUAUCUAUCUAUCUAUCUGUCUGUCUGUCUGUCUGUCACCUAUCCUUCAAAUUUAUGUUGGAAGCAUGAACAACAAGAGGGGACAUUUUAUUAUGUUUAGUGGAUGUGUAAAAAGUUAGAAAAUUCUGGAUCCAAACCCAUACAUUGAUUCAGUGGAUUUUCAAGAUUAAUAUAAAAUUGAAAACAGAGGGGUUUUUUGAGGGAAUUGAUGGACAAAAGUUAUGGAAUGUUGUUGUACAGUAUAAUUGCAGUAAAAUUAUUGUAUGCACAAAAAUGGAAAUAUAUGGCAUUAUCCCAGCGGAAGAAUGAUUGAUGAAAAUGAUGGAACUUACCAAGAUGGCUAAAUCAAUUUCUUUGAUCAGACAAAGUAUCUAUGUUUGUUGCUAACUGGAAUCUUUAUAGAAUUUUUUGUGUAAAAACAGGAAAAAAAUGAACUUAUUAUUUAUGAUUUAAAUGAUUAGACAGAAUGGAUUACAGAGAGGAGACUGUUAUGUUGUAAUCAUACAGAAAGAAGUAGAUUGAUCAUUGUACUUGUAACUGCUGUAAAGAAGAUUGGAAGCUACGUCUGUAUGUUUUUCUUUCUUUUUUAUUUUUGUUUUACCUUUUUUCCCUUUCUUGCAGUUUAACUUUUUCUUCAAUUUAUUUCUUUAUCUUUAUCUUACUUUAUAUCAGUUUGUAUUUAUUUUCAUUUUCCUUUUUAAAAAACCUUUAAUAAAAUUAUAAUAUUACCACAGCUACAUCUGGUCUACCUGCUUAGUUGUAAACUCAGCUGAAAUAAGAUACUAGAAAUUGUAUGCUAUAAAUACAUGCAUGCACACGCAUCUACAUGUGGGUUUCUCUAUAAACAAUGCAGGUUAACAAACAUCCAAAGCUAAUAACAAAAAAAAAACAUCUUGUGUACUAACAAAGAAAAAAACCCAAAUAUGAAAUAGAUUUAACAUUAUUUUUUUAUUUUUUUCUGUUCUGUAUUUUAUCUUUGGUGAUAAAAGAAAAAUAAAUGUGUUUACAAAAAACCCUGCAGAAUCAAUUAUCAGUGAGUGGGAAUUUAUAUUAGCUGCAUUACUAAACAAUUCCCUCCAAAUGUACACUGCCUAAGGAAUUAAAAUAUUAUGAAUUUGGUUGUUUGGAUAAGUUGUGAGAGAUCAGUAUCUAUUUUACCAAAUAGCAAAAAAAAAAAAAAAAGUCUUAGGGCAGUUUCUUGGGGAAAAAUAUUUUGUUUCCUUGAGGCUGAUUAUUUCUUUAUCCAACUUCAUAAGACCUUUGGCUAUAGAAAAAUAAUCUCUGAGGAAAUAGAUUUAUAAAGGAUUUUGCAUCACAUAAUGCGCCAGAAGAUAAGGAGAAAGUAAAUAUAUGCUAUGAGUCAAGGGAAUGUCUGCUAAGAGAUCCUGCAAAUCCAAUCCUUACCUGUUCAGUUAAUAAAUGGACACCAACUUGGUUGGGGUGUGUAUGUUCAUUUAAAGAAAUAAUGUUAAGAAACAUUACAUUUGCUAUUUCUACCAUAAACCUAUCUCUACCCAUUGUUUUUAAUUACGUGUAGCUAAUUAAGUCCAGGACUGUCCACAGGAAGAGAGCCCCCCCAAAAGUCAAUAUGAUUUAUAUUGAUAUAUUGACCAUCAAUUGUGUUGUAAAUGUUGUACCUUGAUGAACGUAUCUUUUCUUUUAUGUACACUGAGAGCAUAUGCACCAAGACAAAUUCCUUGUGUGUCCAAUCACACUUGGCCAAUAAAAAUUCUAUUCUAUUCUAUUCUAAAAAUAUGGUACACAACCAUUAAAUAAAAGCCUCUACCCCUUU